ACAAAGACACAACUGACCAAGAAGGUGAGACAGCUAAAAAAAAGCAACAGAGAAACCUCGACUGAUGAGGCCAAAGUGACGGCUCUCUGCUCCUAACGAACUCUUAAAGGCUAGUCCACUCCUAGACCUGCUCUUUGCCUCUCCUUUUCUCCGUCUGUCACCUCGCUCUCGCUCCAGACUCCUCCGCCAUGCCUCCUCAGCUCCAGUCCCAGAACCAGAAUGGUCCCAGGAUCCUGCAGGGCGAUCUCAGCGCCCUCAGCCAGGCCGUCAGGGAGUUCGUGGAUGCAAAUGUGACUCUGUGCCAGCCCGACUCCAUCCACAUCUGUGACGGCUCUGACGAGGAGAACCGCACCAUCCUGACCCAGCUGGAGGAGCAAGGGAUGAUCAAGAAGCUCAACAAAUAUGAGAACUGCUGGUUGGCCAGAACCGACCCGAGGGACGUGGCUCGUGUGGAGAGUAAGACUGUCAUCGUUACUGAGGACCAGAGGGACACGGUGCCAACACCUGUAGGGGGCGGCGUCAGUCAGCUCGGCCGCUGGAUGUCCCAAGAAGAGUUCGACAAAGCCAUGGGUCAGAGGUUCCCUGGCUGCAUGAAAGGUCGCACCAUGUAUGUGAUUCCCUUCAGUAUGGGUCCAGUCGGUUCCCCUCUCUCUAAGAUUGGAGUGGAGCUGACAGACUCUCCCUACGUGGUCGUCAGUAUGAGGGUGAUGACCCGUAUGGGGACUGCUGUGCUGUCCGCUCUGGGAACUGGAGAGUUCGUUCGCUGCCUGCACUCCGUUGGCUGUCCUCUGCCACUCAAAAAGCCCCUGGUGAACAACUGGCCCUGUAACCCCGACCAGACGUUAAUCGCCCACAUCCCAGACCGCAGGCAAAUCGUGUCAUUUGGGAGUGGUUAUGGAGGAAAUUCCCUGCUGGGGAAGAAAUGCUUUGCUCUGAGAAUUGCCUCACGAAUUGCCAAGGAGGAGGGCUGGCUGGCAGAGCACAUGCUGAUCCUGGGUAUCACUAACCCUGCUGGAGAGAAGAAGUACAUGGCUGCAGCCUUUCCCAGUGCCUGUGGAAAAACAAAUCUGGCCAUGCUUUGCCCAACGCUGCCCGGCUGGAAGGUGGAGUGUGUGGGAGACGACAUUGCCUGGAUGAAGUUUGACAAGCAAGGCAACCUACGCGCCAUCAACCCAGAGAAUGGCUUCUUCGGGGUCGCACCAGGCACCUCAGCCAAAACAAACCCCAACGCAAUGGAUACCAUUGUGAAGAACACAGUUUUCACCAACGUUGCAGAGACCAGCGAUGGCGGUGUGUACUGGGAGGGAAUGGACCAGGCACUGCCUGAGGGAGUCAGCAUUACGUCUUGGAAGAACAAGCCUUGGAGCUCCCAAGAUGGUGAACCCUGUGCUCACCCCAACUCUCGUUUCUGCACUCCGGCCGAUCAAUGUCCCAUCAUCGACCCACAGUGGGAAUCCCCAGAAGGAGUCCCAAUUGAGGCCAUCAUUUUUGGAGGGCGCAGACCAGAAGGAGUCCCUCUGGUUUAUGAGGCUUUCAGCUGGCAGCAUGGAGUGUUUGUCGGAGCAGCAAUGAGGUCAGAAGCCACCGCUGCUGCUGAGCACAAAGGCAAGGUGAUCAUGAAUGACCCGUUUGCCAUGCGUCCCUUCUUUGGCUACAACUUCGGACAGUACCUCUCUCACUGGUUGAGCAUGGCCGACCGACCCGGCGCAAAACUCCCAAAGAUCUUUCACGUCAACUGGUUCCGCAAGAGCCCCACCGCCGGAUUCCUCUGGCCUGGUUUCGGCGACAACAUCCGCGUGUUGGACUGGAUGUUCAGGCGAGUGAACGGUGUGGCCGGCGCAAUGCCCUCAGCCGUGGGCUACCUGCCUUGCAGCGAAUCCCUUAACCUCCAGGGCCUGCAGCAGGACGUGGACCUUGAUGAGCUGUUCUCCCUGGAUCAAGAGUUCUGGCAGCGGGAGGUGGAGGAGGUGAGGAAUUACUUCACCACGCAGGUGAACGAUGACCUGCCCAACGAGGUGGCCCGGCAGCUGGAGCUCCUGCAGCAGAGGGUGAAACAGAUGUAAAGGCAGAGAUAUGAAGAAA